AUGGUUGGAACUUCUGAACGCAAGCUAGAGUCAGAGAAAAAAUGCAAAUCAAGGAAUGAGGCAAGAAUCGUCAAGUCAUUAACUUAUCUAGUUGGUGGAAAAAGGGUUGCAAGCAUAAAAAAACUUGAUAGAGAUUUUCAAUCUUUUUUAAAAAUUAUUCCAAACGCUUAUACUAAAAAGUUGCACAAUGUCAUUCAUUUAGCUGUUGGAUCUAAUAAAAUACGUCGUGGCAGAGAGAUUUUAGGUGUAUGGUUUUCAGAUGCUGGCGAUGGUAGAUUAAAUAUUACUGUGCCAACCAAAGCAAAAUAUUUUGUUACUAAUCCUCAAAUAACAAGUGCAUUUUGUUCAAUAGAUAUUCUUCAACAAAGAGAAAAAAAUAAAUACGUUUACACUAUUAAAAUCAAUGCAGAAACCGUUUACUCUGAACUGAAUCCAACACCAAUACCUUUUUACAAUGUCCAGGUUUAUGCUUCAAAUCCUUGGGACAUAGUGCAAGACACAUUUAUAGCGGGAAUGUUUAUAACCAAUGGAAAGAAAGAUCAACCAAGCAUGAUUGAUCUUGUCAUUAAUCCAACAGAUAAAAUUGUUCAACUUUUAAAGAGAGAGCUCUGUGAAAAUGAAGUUAUUGGAACAAUGAGUGUUUUAGAAAGAGAAUACAUUGUAUCUUUUAAGCUGAAAUCGAAUUUUUACUCUAAAGAAUGGGAAAAUGUUCUUCACAUAACCAAGGGUCAGAAUUUUGGUAAAAUUGGGGAAAGAAAUCCAGCAGUUUUUUUUCAUCAAGACGGUUCUGGGAGACUUGUAUUUUUUGCGACUAUUAAUGGCAAUGUUACUUCAGAAUUUGUGACAAAAAGUCCACUUCCACUCAAUGUAUAGUCGAGUAUUAAAAUAGAACAAACCCCCAGAAAUGGUGUUCAUGUUUAUGCUAUAUAUAUUAAUGAUUCCAUUCAAUAUGAAAUUAAAAACAAAAUUCCAGAACAGUUUACAGAUAUGAAAGUGUUUAUUUCAGAUCCAUGGUAUACUGCACACGAUGGUGAUAUUAAAGAGUUGUUUGUUGUGA